AUGUCCGGGUUCACGACCUCCUCCCCCUCCGCCUCUUUCCCGUUCUCCCCUGACCCGACGCGCUCCGCCUCCCCCUCCGCGUCUCCAAAAGUGAUGGUGUCUUUGGGGAAGAUCACUGAGAUUGCCAUCAUCACAGCGACGCUCGUCAUCCUCCUCCUCGUCUCCUCCACCGUCAUUGCGCGCACCUACCUCCUGCGCCGCCACCACCGCGAGCUCGAAGCGCUCGCGCGCGCGAACGGCACCCAUCCGAGCUGCCGCCCGCCCGCCGUGGACCGCCCGCAGAUGUUCGUCGUGUACGUCGGCGACGAGCUCCUCGACGGGCGCGCGCGCGCGCCGUCCGAGAAGCGGAUGGUGCGCGAAAAGCUGGGCGACGACGCGCCUCGCGCGUUUGACGAGAUCAUGCCCGUCUCGUGCAGGUGGCUCAACCCGCCCCCUCCGCGCCCCGCGUCGCCAGCCCCCGCCUCUCCGCCGUCGACGGACGCAGCCGCACCCGCUCCUGCGCGCACGAGGCGGUGGUGGCACCGCGCCCCCGCCCCCGUCGACGCUCUGCCCACUCAUGCCGCCCCACCUCCGCCUGCACCUUCGCCCUUCCCCGGCCCGCCCGUGCCCACGCUGCUCCCGCCGCCGGCAGCCGCAUCUCGAUCGGUGCGCGCACCGUCGCCCCGGCGCAUGUCCUCGAUGUCCGGCGUGACCCUGCGGGAGAAGGACCCGCGACGGCCCUCGACUUCUUCUGCCUGGGAGUCGGACGAGAAGAAGCGUCCGUCGACGCCCGAGGAGGAUGAGGAGGCGGCGCGCGUGCGCACCGUGGUGCUUGUGAGCAUGCCGUUUGAGGUGCACGCGAAGAAUCGCUGGAGCAUGCGCACCGCCGUCGCCGGUGCGGAGACCGAGCUCCCGCACAUGGAGCUUGGCGUGCUCGAGCUCGCGCUCGGCGCGCGCGGCUUGGGGGCGGCCCUCGACGCGUACGAGGCGGAGGAGCGCGAGGCGGCGGCGGCGGCGGCGGCGACGGUGCUCCCACCGUCGCCCGUGUCCCCGCUCACGCCGAUGCGCUCGCGGUUGGGGAAUUUGAUCAGCGCGAGCCGGUCGCGGCUGCAUCUCCCGGUGCUGACGGAGGUCGCGAGCGCAGGGCCGUCGUAG